CCCCUCUCUCCCCCCGGCAGCUCACUAAGACUAAAGACCGAGCUACGGCUGCAACUCCGUUCAAGUUCGCCCAGUUCUUUUCCCAUCAAUCCAAAUCCAUCCAUCUCAUCCCCCACUCAAUAAUUCCUCCCCCCGGUAUGGCCUGCGGUUCGAGCCGCCUUCCCUGGCCUCCUUCUCCGUCCCUUCCACCACCAUGACCAACCGUGACCCCGAAUUUCGGCAUCAGCUGGGCAAAUUCCGACUCGAUCCCCUACCGAUUCCUUCUCAUCCUGCAUCGCUUCCUCCUCCUCCUCCUCCGCCGCCGCGUCCUGCUCACCCCAGUUCCGUCCCUUCUCCGCAGUCGCUGCCGCCGCCUCCAUCCGUACCGCUUCAGCAGCAACAGCCACUCCCAACAGCACCACCGUCGCUCCCUCAGUCUCAUCAGCAGCAGUCUCAACCAACCCCGGCCUCAUCGCGAUCCUCCCCAUCACAGAUUCCUCAUCCUCGCAGUAAACGAGUAUCCACAGCGUGCGACUUUUGUCGAAAACGGAAGAAGAAAUGUGACUUCCGCUACCCGAACUGCUCCGCGUGUACUCGCGCCGGUGUCCGCUGUACCAUCCCUCCGCCGGGUCCCCAGGUCGCUGCGGCGUCUGUUCCUCGAGAUCAGUUGGAGAAUCUACAAAACCGGGUACGAUGGCUGGAGGAGCUUUUGCGCCGCAAAACAGGCAUCUCGGUCGCCGACCGACCUACGGGGACUGCGCUGGAUGGCGAGGGCGACCCGGACUGGUGGUACCAGGUACCAGCCUUGAUGAUGACUCGCGGGAGUUCAACACAUUCAACACCCACAACGACGGCAACAGCGCUGUCCAGCAGCCCUGUUUCUAGUUCCACUGCGGUAGGCACCGAGUUGCCUAACGUAGGUGAGUUGUUUCGCGACCAGUUGGAGCAUCGACGACCCUCCAUCGCGCGUCCGGUAGCAUCCGCUCCUCGCGUGAUGCGGCUCGCCUCGCUUCCAGAGGCGAAAUCAGUAGCAUUGCGAUACUUUGAUAGUCUGGGGUACCAAUACCCUUUUCUCCAUCGGGAGGAGUUUAUGGCCCAUCUUGAUCGCAUCUAUGCGGGGGAGGUCCCCGCACCGGAGGUUCAUCACUCGUAUCACAUCACCAUCGCCACGGCCUUGUUGAUCGGAUCUGCCGACGAGACACAGGCUGCCGAGUUCUACAAUGUUAGCAAUGAGACCAUGGCGUUGGCGUUACAAAACGAAGAUCUGGCAGCUGUUCGAGCCCUUUUAAGCGUCGCAGUGUAUACAAUGUUUGCGACCACGGGCCCCAGUGUGUGGCACAUCCUCGGGACUACUUUGCGUCUCGCCACCAGUCUUGGGUUGCAUAAAGCCCGUCCAACGGGGAAUGUGAUAGAAGAAGAGAUGGCCAAGCGGGCGUUCUGGAGUCUUUACAAUCUUGAUCGACUAAUCGCCAGCACCCUUGGAAGGCCACUUGGAAUUGCAGACGAGGACAUUUCCAUCGGCUUGCCGCGGGAAUUCAAUGACAACUGGACAGAGACCCCGGGGGCUAGUGCUAUGACUAUUCCUUUGCAGGUGGUGCGCCUGCGCCGGAUUUUUUCGCGCAUCUACCGCUACUUAUUCAACAACCAACCGCCACCUCCUCCAACAGAGGUUGCCAUCACGCUGAGUCAUUUCCGCCAGGAGCUAGACGACUGGCGACAGGAAGCACCGGUGUAUGCGCCCGCGCUUUUAUACUCUACUAGUUACUACGACUAUCUAUAUGCAACGACACUGCUCCUAAUGUACCGACCUAGUCCGCGUAAUCCGACACCCGAUGCCACGAGCAUUGUGAGCUGCGGAAACGCCAGCAUCCAGGUCAUUCGGUCCUACUGGGACAGCUAUUCGCAGGGGAAGCUGAAGUGGAUUUGGUUGACCCUCAGUCAGGUUUACUUCGCCGGCAUCACAAUCCUGUGGUGUCUAAACCACAAUCUCCAGUCCGUCCGCGACGGCCGUGGUGCUGCGUGGAAGCCCGAGGAUCAGAGCAUGCGACGGGCUAUCCAGGCAGUAGUCGUUCUGCUGGAGGAAUUUGGCAAGCGACGUCCGGGGGUGGACCGACUGGCGGAGACGUUCCGCAACCAGAGCACGAUGAUCUUCAGCCAUCUGGCGUAUCAGCAGGAACAGCAGCAGGAGCAGGAGCAGCAGCUUCAACAACAACAGCAGCCACAACCACCACCGCCUCCACCGCAACCACAGCCACCAAUGCCACAACAUCAACCGUUUCUUGAACAGCAGCCGCAGCAACAACCACAGCAUAUUUUGGUAGCACCACCGGUACCCCUAGCGCCGGUGCUGGAUGACGUUCUCCUGGUAAAUGGAUCGGGGAAUAUACCCAUGAUUGACCCGCAACUGGCGGAGCAAUUAUUCUAUUCCUAUGAUUGGUUCCAGGAGGAGAUGGCGACAUAUUAUACCCUUUAGUUGGAUUAUUAUGACAAUUUUGGAGGCAGAUUUCUGUAUUUGAGCUUACGGCUGUUGUGGUGUAGAAAAUGUGGAGGCGCAUUGCUACCCCGCUGUAGAUAAAACCCCUAACAACGCUUAUCUUCUGU